ACUAACAUGGACUCUUUGGGUCUAUUUAUCUUUCUAAUGCUGGUGUGUUCCCAGUGGACAGCUGCCCCUGCUGCUGAGGAAAUUACCUGGACCUACACUGGUUUGGUGGGUCAGUCCGAGUGGUCCGAGUAUUUCCCGGACUGCGGUGGUACAUCUCAAUCCCCCGUGGAUGUGGUUACCACCCGGACUAAAUAUGACCCCAGUUUGAUCCCUCUGACCCCACUGGGCUACAGUCAGCACGGCAACAUGCCCUUCACUCUGUCCAACAAUGGACACACAGCUGUGAUUGAGCUGCCAGAGUGGAUGGGACUGGGGGGGCUGCCCUGGCUCUUCACAGCCGUACAGCUUCACCUCCACUGGGGCAGCGGCGGCCCGAGCCACGGGGGCAGUGAACACACCAUCAACGGACUGAGUGCAGAGGCAGAGCUUCACGUGGUUCACUACAACUCGGAGCUCUACCCCAACAUGUCUGCCGCCAUGACACAGAGGGAUGGCCUGGCGGUUUUAGGAAUUCUCAUUGUGACAGGUGAGGAGACAAAUGACGCGUUCAACAACAUCCUCAACUACCUGAGUCGCAUCAGACAUGCAGACCAGAAAGCUUCCAUCCCAGCCUUUGACGUCCAGUCCCUGCUCCCGAAGGAUCUGAAACGCUACUACCGCUACAAUGGCUCCCUCACUACGCCGCCCUGCUAUCAGAGCGUGAUCUGGUCGCUGUUUCACGAGAGGGUUCAGAUCUCUAAAGCACAGCUGCUGAAGAUGGAGACGAUACUUUAUUCCAGUAAAGCCAAAGAUCCCGACAGGAUGCUGCUGCAGGACAACUACCGCACGACGCAGCUGCUCAACCACAGGGUCGUCUUCGCCUCCUUCUCUGCAGAAUCCGGGAAGGAGCUGUCCCCCGGUGAAGUCACAGCCAUAGUGAUCGGGGUGAUGUGCGGCUGUGUGGGUCUGGCUGUUAUCGUUCGCUUCAUAGUGAAGACAAUACGAUUUUUUACUCUCCUCCACCAUGAAACAGUCGUGGUAAACAGCUCUACCUCUAGCUGGGACGUCCUGCCCAGUAACCGGCCUGCUCCCACGCCAAGGGCGAAGGAGCCAGAGAAAGCAAAUGAGAAAAAACAAGACGUGGCUCUGAACUCGACGUCUGGGGCAAGAAAGACAGAAGAGCCCUCGCCGUCUCUUCAGACUGAGCCCUAG